GUGAAUUUCGUUUGAUAGUAUUUCAAGCAUUGAAUCAUGGCUUUCUUUGUCUUCAACUGGACUAAAAGAGAAUACAUCCUGACAGUAUUGGCUUUGGUGAUGCUCGUCAUAACGUUCAAGCACAAAGAGUAUUUCUGCUGUGAAGAAAAGCCAAUAAGUACUUUUGAGAAGUUUGGCAUCUGGCUUGGUUUUGUGGAGGAGCCAGAGCCGUGUCCAGGGAAGGAGGACCUCUACAAUAUGGCUGUAGAAAUGGGAGUUUCCUCUGUGGCUGUACUUGCUUGUACCGCUAUAUCCAAGAUGUGGUACUGGUCCACAUCUUUAUUUGGACGCCUAACCCAGGCCAUGAAGGGAGGUUUCCAGUACCUGAUAGACCGUGUUCCAUUUAAAAAGGCUACCACCUAUACUUAUCAGGUGACUCCUCCGAAUUACAAGUAUUUCUUUUUCCGUAACGCCUACGAACAAAGGAAAAUUAUAAUGGUGAUGAGAGAGGGAGAUCUGAGCGAGGAGAUUUUUGUGUUUUCCCCGGAAACAAAGAAGAUGGAGUGCGUGUUGUGCUAUAACAAAUGGUGUCGUUAAAUAAUGGACUUUGUUAUGUAUAUUAUUGCAGUAUUAACAUUUAAAAAGUAAAUUUCUAUUAAUCUUGAAGUUAACUGUAUAAGGGAUAUUUAUUAUCGAGUUUUUAUUUAUUUACAACAUAAAGCAAAGCU